CUCUUGACUCUCUGCAUGAUGGCCACUCUUACUAAAGCUUUAAAACCAAUUUUUGGUGGGCGAUUGGGAAAUACAGCCAAGGUCUUUGGUACAGCAAUCAACAGCCAAAGAGAGAAAGCUACAUCCACAGGACAAAUAAUACCGCCUCCUGCAAAGUAUGGAGGUCGACACACUGUAACAUUGAUUCCUGGAGAUGGGAUUGGACCAGAGCUGCUCAACCAUGUGCGGGAACUCUUCAGGUUCAGCUGUGUUCCUGUGGACUUUGAGGUUGUCCAUGUAAAUUCUGCAUCAACCAGUGAGGAUGACAUCAACAAUGCCAUUACAGCCAUUCGACGCAAUAGAGUUGCUCUUAAGGGUAACAUUGAGACUGCUCACAACAUGCCCCCUAACCACAAGUCAAGGAACAACCUUCUCCGCACGAGUCUGGAUCUGUAUGCCAAUGUGAUGCACUGCCAGUCACUUCCUGGAGUCCAGACACGCCACAAGAAUAUUGACAUUACCAUCAUCAGAGAGAACACGGAGGGCGAGUACAGCAGCCUGGAGCAUGAGAGUGUAUCUGGAGUUGUGGAAUGUCUGAAAAUCAUCACUCGCAACAACUCCCUCCGUAUCGCUGAAUACGCCUUUAAACUGGCCCGUGAGAAUGGUCGCCGCAAGGUCACGGCUGUCCACAAAGCUAACAUCAUGAAGCUUGCGGAUGGGCUGUUCUUGCAGUGCUGUAAGGAGGUGGCCUCUGGAUACCCCGACAUUCAGUUUGAUAGCAUGAUUGUUGAUAACACCACCAUGCAGCUUGUUUCCAAGCCCCAACAGUUUGAUGUCAUGCUGAUGCCUAACCUCUAUGGAAAUGUGGUUAGCAACGUAUGUGCCGGCCUGGUGGGCGGACCCGGGCUGGUUCCCGGUGCUAACUACGGGCGAGACUAUGCUGUGUUUGAAACGGCCACCAGGAACACAGGAAAGAGCAUUGCCAACAGGAACAUCGCCAACCCCACUGCCAUGCUGCUCGCCAGCUGUCUCAUGCUAGAUCACCUUAAACUUCAUGCCUUCGCCAACAUGAUUCGAGGCGCAAUCCUCACCACCAUGAAUGAGACAGGGUUACACACUCCUGACAUUGGGGGGCAGGGCACAACCUUAGAUGUGGUUCAGUCCAUCAUGAGGAACAUCCAGAGCAGCGGCCCUCUCACUACGGAGAUCUGAGUCUGUCACUCUACCAUUGCUCGAUGGGUCAGCUUCUUGAGCACCUGCACAUCAUUUUCUGUUUUAAUGCUGCUUUCAUAUGAGCCAGGAGUUUUCCCCCUGAUCCUUGCAGAGUCAUCAGAGAUUAUGAGUGGAGAUAGCAUCACAUAAACAUCAGCGUACUUCAGCAAUGUGCUUGUGAUCAUCUUGUAGGAACUGUGGUUUUAGAUAUUAUAAUGGCUAUCCUGGUUUUAUGCAUACACAGUGUUUAAGGGUCUUAAAUUGGGUUCUGCUCCUCAGUUGCAUUCCUCAUUCAUGUUAUCUUUAAAAUCAGUAUAUAACUUUGGGUUACUUACUGACCCUGAGUAAUACAGAUCCUUCAAUUGUGCAUAUUGUUGAUUUAUUUUACGUUUCUAACUAGGUGUCAGUGCCUCACAAAGUUGGACUUGCAAUCUUUUAAAUUACUUUAUAUUCCGUAUGGACUAUAGGUAACCUCUUAUAUUUAAUACUUUACUCCUAUUUAACUUAAAAAAUGCUGGGUUGUCUCAGCCCAUGGUUGAGUGAAAUAUAUAUGUUUUAAAGGUCAAGUCGGCUUUGUCCUUAUUUUACAGCUUUAAAUAUUUGUGGUCUACUUUUGCAUAAACCUGUUUAAAUGUUUUCCUUUACUGUCUUGAUGUGCUGUGUAAAUCUCUGUUAUUGGUUUUCGUCAUAUAUAUACAUUUUUGUUUGUAAAACUGGAAUCUUUCUGCACAUUUUAAACGAGUCUGUGUACUUUUCAUACAGAUUCUUUGAUUGGCAUAAUGAUGACACUGUAAAGAGUUAACGCAUUGUUGCCCGGACCACCUCACGCAACUCUUUAAUGGCUCAAAAAUAAACCACAAAUAGAAAGAACAAAUGGAUGUUUUGCUUAUUACACUGUCAACUUUAAUAAA